AAUGAUGUGGAGGAGAAGAAGAAGGAGAAGAAGAAGGAGAAGAAUGAAAAGAAGAAGGAGAAGAAGAAGGAGAAGAAGAAAUGGACCAGAAAGGAGAAGCCACACUACCGCAGAAUGACAGCAGGAUACGACAUUAAACAUCCUAAGACGAAGCCGCGCCGGCGACGGCCCGCCGGCGCCGCUGUCGCCGCCCCGGCGCCGCCGCUAAAGAUAUCGCCGCCGCCGGCGCCGUCGCAACAUCGCCGCGGCGCCCGGCGCCAGCCGGCGCCGCCGCCGCCGCGCGCCGCUGUAGCCCCGGCGCCGUCGCGCGCCGCCGCCGCCGACGGCGCCAUCAGCGCCGCAGACGGAGCCGCCGGCGCCUCCGGCCGCCGCCGCCGCCGGCGCCGUCGCCGCCGGCGCCGCUGUCGCCGCCGCCGCGCCCGCCGCCGGCGCCGCCGCCGCCGAGCGCCGAUAGUCGCCGCCCCGGCGCCGCCGCCGCGCAGCCUGCACCCGCCCGGCGCCGCCGCGAGACAGCCGGAGACGAGCCGCCAGGCGACCGCCGCCGCUGUCGCCCAGCCGACGCCGGCGCAGCCGGCGCCGACGGCUCCGCCGCCGCCGGGCCGCCGCCGCUGUCGCCGCCGCCACGCCGGCCCGGCGCCUCCGCCGCACUGUCGCCGCCUCCGUCAUAACACGCCGGCCCCGCCGGCGCCCUCCCGCCGCGCCCGCCUCCGGCGCGCCGCCCCGUGCGCCGCCGCCGCCCGCCGCUCCUCCGGCGACGCCGCCGCGCCGCCAGCCCCGCCGGCCGGCGCCGGCGCACGCUGGCUCCGCUGUCGCCGCCGCCGGACCGCCGCUGUCGCCUCCUACCGGCGCCGUCUCCGGCGCGCCGGCGCCGGCGCCUCCGGCGCCGCCGCCGGCGCCGCCGGCGCCGCCGCGCCGCGCCAGCGCCGCGCCGCCUUUCCACGCCUCGCCGUCGCCGGCGCCGCCGCCGCCGGCGCCGCCGCGCGCCGCCGGCGCCCCGACGCCGAGCCGCAGCCGCCGGAGAACUGUAACGCCGCCGACGGCGCCGUCGCAGCGCCCUGCCCGCCGCCGGCUCCGCCGGCUAACGCCGCCGCCUGCGCCGCCGCCCCGCCCCGCCGCCGUCGACCGCCUCCGGCUCCGCCGCUGCGCGCCCCGGCGCAUUCGCCGCCGGCUCCGCCGCGCCGCCGCAGGCGCGCCGCCGGCUCCGCCCGGCGCCGCGCCGCGCCGCCUUCCCCGCCGUCGCCGCCGCCACUCCGCCGUCGCGCCCUCCGCCGCCGCCGGCGCCGCCCGCCGGCGCCGCAUGCCACCGCCGGCGCCGCCGAAGGCGCCGACCGGCGCCGCACGGACGCAGACACGCCGCAGCCGGCGCACGCAGCCCGCUGUCCGCCGCCCUCGCGCCGCACGGCCACCGCCGGCGACCGCCGCCCGGACUCCGCCCCGCCGCCGGAGCCGCCGCCCCGCCAGCGGCGCCUCCGGAGAGACGCCGCCGCCGCGACCGACGACCGAUGUCGCCGCAAGCAGACGGCGCGCCGGACCAGACAGGCGCGCCCACAGAGCGCAGCGACGCCGGAGACCGCAGACAGACAACGCCGCCGAAGCCGCCGACAGAAGGCGCACGCAGGCGCCAAAGGAGAGAAGAAGGAGAAGCAAGGAGAAGCAGAAGGCAAGAAGAAGACGUUGGAGCAAAGGAAGCCAGGAGGAGAAGGCGCAGAAGAAGAAGACGAAGAGAAGGAGGCAGAAGGAGGAACGAAGAAAGCACCGGCGCCUUGCCGCACUCCGCCUUCCUCCGCCGCGCCGCCUCACUCCUCCGGGCCGCCGCCCCCCGCGGAGCCCCCGCGGGGGCGCCCCGCGUCAGCCGGCUCCGCGCCGCCGGUCUACCGGAGCCUCCGCAGCCGGCGCUCCGCCGCCGCCUCUACGCACGCCUCAUCAAAAGCAAGCCUACACAUCCGCCGCCUGAUCCGGCGCCGACGCCGGCGGGAGACGAAGACGGAAAGGCGACGGCGCAGGACGAAGACGAAGGAGAAGAAGAAGAGACGAAGGAGAAGAAGCCGAAGUGAAGAAACAGGACAGCAGGCAGCCGCCGAAGCCACGCCAGCCGGCGAAGAAGAUACGAAGACCGGGAAUAAGAAGAAGCAAACGCCCGAAGAAGAAGAAGAAGAAGAAGAAGAAAAGAAGAAGAAGCCGCCUCCGGCGACGCCUUCGCCGCCGCCUCCUCCGGCACUCCACCUUCGGCGACUGCAGGCGGAGCCGCCGCCGCUUCGCCGGCGCCGACGCCCGGAACUGAGCCUCCUCACUACAAACUUCGCCGGCGCCCUCCUUGAAUCUCCUCUGCGCACAUAUCAAGUCCUGCGGCCGCUGCGGCCGCCGCCGACGGAUACAGCCCUCAGGCCACGCGGUCGCCGGCGUCGCUCCCGCCGGCUCCUCCGGCUCCUCACACAUACCCCCGGCUCCACUAACCCCAGGGGCGACGCCAAGGAGGUGAAGGAGCCGAGGAGGUGA